AGUUUCGUGAUUUCCGAAACUAACUUGCCAUCCCACUUGCAGCUAACUAGAAUCUUCCCUUCACCAAACGACUCUUCCUUUGAAACCUGAAAAUCCUUCUUCUUUUUUUUUUUUUUUCUUUUCUUUUUUUGCUUAAACAAGUUUCGAUCUUUUUUUUUUCAUUAUUGAUUUAUUCUUAUUGAUAAAAAUGGCACUUGAAUCCUCAAUUUUCAGCCGACCCACUUUCAUUUAUUCAACAAAGUCCUCAUCUUUCAUGUUUUUUAAUCGAAAUUUGAAGAACCAAUCAAAGUUUUUACCCAAAACCAAUCACUACCCAACUCCUGUUAUCUCCACCUGUUCAAAUCCCCAAGCUUUCAAAGCUUUUGGAAUCCCCAAAAAUGGUAGUUUUGGUCACGUGGGAUCGUUGAGGGAAGAAAAUGAAGGUGUGGGGAAUGAUCAAAAAUUGGUUUUGGUGAAAAGGGGUAUUUUGGUGGCAAUGGUUUGUGGUGUAUUGGUGUUUGGAUGCAAAAGAGUUUUUGCUGUAGAUGGAGUGGCUAAUGCUGGUUAUGGAGUUAUUGGGCAGUGCAUAUUGUUGUUGAGGAAUGCUUGGCCUAAGGCAUCUAUGAUUCUUAAAGUGUUUAAGGAACAAGGUCUGGUUUUGACCGCUCUUUUAGGUCUUUCAGCUUUCUUCUCGAUGGCAGAGACUGCUAUAACUACAUUAUGGCCUUGGAAGGUGCGUGAACUGGCUGAUAAAGACUCUGAAGAUGGUGUUUUUAAAAUGCUUUCCAGUGAUGUAACACGCUUUCUCACAACCAUUCUUAUUGGCACCACGGUGGUCAAUAUUGGAGCCACUGCUUUAGUCACAGAUGCUGCCACAGCUAUAUUUGGGGAAGCUGGUGUUACUGCAGCAACUGGAGUAAUGACCGUUGCCAUAUUGCUUCUCACUGAGAUUACUCCAAAGAGUAUAGCUGUUCACAAUCCCACAGAAGUUGCCAGAUUUGUGGUCAGGCCAGUGGCAUGGCUUUCUGUAAUACUAUAUCCGGUAGGAAGAGUUGUGACGUAUUUAUCGAUGGGAAUGCUCAAAAUUCUUGGUCUAAAAGGAAAGAGUGAACCUUAUGUUACUGAAGACGAAUUAAAGUUAAUGUUACGAGGCGCAGAGUUGAGUGGAGCAAUAGAGGAGGAGGAGCAGGAUAUGAUUGAAAAUGUAUUAGAGAUAAAAGAUACCCAUGUUAGAGAGGUGAUGACACCUCUUGUUGAUGUAGUUGCAAUUGAUGCAAGCUCAACUCUUGUUGAGUUCCACAAUUUGUGGUUGACUCAUCAAUAUUCAAGGGUGCCUGCUUUUGAGCAGCGUAUUGACAAUAUAGUAGGUAUUGCAUAUGCCAUGGAUCUUCUAGAUUAUGUUCCAAAGGGUGAACUGCUAGAAAGUACUACUGUGGGAGAUAUGGCUCACAAACCUGCAUACUUUGUGCCUGAUUCAAUGUCAGUCUGGAAUCUUCUUAGAGAGUUUCGAAUCAGGAAGGUUCAUAUGGCUGUUGUGCUUAAUGAAUAUGGUGGAACAGUCGGGAUAGUCACCUUAGAAGAUGUGGUUGAGGAGAUUGUUGGUGAAAUUUUCGAUGAAAAUGAUUCAAAAGAGGAGAUUCAGAAGAAAACUGGCUAUAUCGUAAUGCGGGCUGAGGGUAUCUUUGAUGUUGAUGCUAAUACAUCUAUUGAUCAACUUUCUGAAGAUCUAAAUAUCAAGAUGCCAGAGGAACAUCAAUACGAGACAGUGUCAGGUUUUGUAUGUGAGGCAUUUGGAUAUAUACCAAGGACAGGUGAGAGUGUCAAAGUAGAGCUUGAAAGGGGUAAUCAAGAAGAAGAAGAUGAGAAUUCCGAAGCUGCAUCUGAUCGGCAAGACCUGAAGGAAAGGCGUCAAAUAUAUAAACUCGAGAUAUUAGCAGGAAAUGCUCGAAAAGUAAGUGCCGUUCGAUUUGAACGAGUAAACAAUGAGGAAGCACUAUUAGAUGCCAUGUCAGUAACACCGAUGGUUCCAAAAAUCAUGAAGAAAUGGAGCAAGGAUGAAGACUCAAAUAAUGGUAAACACAAUGAAGAUACAUUUGAAAACAAGCAAGAGGAUAACCUCUUGGACGAUCAUUAUGUAAUUGCUGAUCACAAAGACGAUAAUGAGAGCUCCAAUGGACAGUAAUCAUAUUAUACUAAUUGUUUUUUGUUUU